CCUCCUCUCUCUCGUAUUUGCUCUUCCCUCCUCAUCUUUCACUGUCACUCCCUCACACUUCCAUCAUCUUCCAUUAUUAUCAUCAUGGCUAAUAUUCCUAACAAUAUUAACCCCAAAAUUAUAGCUCUCAUCUUCUUGUCUUCCCUGCUUCUGGCCACCCCCAUUGAUCUGGUGGCCAGUAGUUCUUCAUCAUCGGCGUUGCAGCCGAAUUCGAAGAAGUUGGGAGAUCUGCUGCAGUCCCAGUGCUUGACGGUUCCAGCCCCCGAGUUUGUGAACCUGAUCCAGUCCACGAUUGAUGUGGUGAGGGAGGUGAUGGGGACGGUGUCGCAGUUUGGGAGCGUGUUCGGGGACUUCAGGCUCUCGAACGCCAUCUCCGACUGCCUUGACCUCCUCGACUUCUCCACCGACGAGCUCUCCUGGGCCGCCUCCGCCACCCAGAAUCCCAAGAGUAAGCACAAUAGCACCGGAGACCUGGCCUCCGACCUUCAGACAUGGCUGAGUGCAGCCCUCGCGAACCAGGACACGUGCAUCGAUGGGUUCGAGGGCACCAGCAGCAUUGUUAAGGGGAUCGUGACCAGCAGCCUUGGAGAGAUCACAUCGUUAGUCCGAAACCUCCUCAUCAAGGUCCGCCCUGCCCAGAACCCCAAGUCAGGCAGCAGUGGCGCCAAAGGCAGCGGCAACGGCACCGGUAGUGGGGGCCGUGGCGGAGGCCAUGGUGGGAGGAAACUACGAGGCCAAGGCAACCAAUUUCCAUCAUGGGUGAGGCCUGAGGACCGGAAACUGCUACAAGUGAACGGGGUGGCGGCAGACGUGGUGGUGGCUCAGGACGGGACCGGGAACUUCACAAAGGUGCAAGACGCGGUCAUGGCGGCUCCCGACUACAUCACCCGCCGCUUCGUGAUCUACAUAAAGAAGGGCGUUUAUAAGGAGAACGUGGAGAUCAAGAAGAAGAAGUGGAACAUUAUGAUGGUCGGAGAAGGGAUGGAUGUGACCGUGAUUUCUGGUAACCGGAGUUUCAUCGACGGGUGGACAACCUUCCGAUCAGCAACUUUUGCUGUAAGCGGUAGAGGGUUCGUAGCACGGGACAUGACCUUCGAGAACACGGCGGGGCCGGAGAAGCACCAGGCAGUGGCCCUGCGGUCCGACUCAGACCUGUCAGUGUACUUCCGGUGCUCGAUGAGGGGGUACCAGGAUACUCUCUACACCCACACAUUGCGCCAGUUCUACCGGGACUGCCAGAUCAGCGGCACAAUCGACUUCAUAUUCGGGGACGGGGCAGUGGUUUUCCAGAGCUGCGUGAUCCGUGUGAAAAAGGGCCUCCCAUCACAGAAGAACACCGUGACUGCACAAGGCCGGAAGGACCCCAACCAGUCGACCGGGUUCUCGUUCCAGUUCUGCAAUGUCACAGCAGACACAGACCUGCUACCUUUCGUGAACACCACGAUGACCUACCUCGGGAGGCCGUGGAAGACAUACUCAAGGACCGUCUUCAUGCAGUCCUACUUGAGCAACGUCCUUCGGCCAGAGGGCUGGCUCGAGUGGAAUGGCAACUUCGCUCUUGACACGCUAUUCUACGGGGAGUACUUGAACUACGGGCCUGGCUCGGGGCUAACGGGACGGGUUAAGUGGCCCGGGUUUCAUGUGCUGAACGACUCGACCCAGGUAGUUAACUUCACCGUGGCGCAAUUCAUUGAAGGGAACUCCUGGUUGCCCUCCACUGGGGUCAAGUACGUUGCAGGCCUAACAGUUUAAGACAUUAUUAUAUAUAUAUAUAUAUCUCAAAUUGAAUGAAUGUACUUAGUCAGCUCAUCAUUAUUUCCUUUUUCUCUAUUUUUUUUAAUUUUAAAUUUUAAUAUAUAGUUUUAAAAUUUUGUAAGUUUAAUUACUUCCAUGGCAUUGAUUAAUUAAAAUGCUGAAGAGUGGUGGGUUCUAUAA